AUGUGGAUCAUUCAAAACAUUGAGCCUACCUAUUUCAACGUUCUGUCCGACUUGGCUGGGCAACUCACUACACAGCUCCUGGUGUUUGUUCUGGGAUUUGCGUACCCGUAUCUGCUGUGGGAGUCCGUGAAACGCGGCGGAGGAAUCCCCUUGUACGAUGUGGUUUCGCCUCCCAAUUCCUUGUGGGAAGCCCUGACUCGAUUGUACCGUCAAGUCACAGGCGGAUCUUGGACUUGCUACGGUUAUCUCUUAUUGUGGACGAUCAUUGUGAUGCUGGUCGCGACAUUCUCUCAUCCUGCUGCUGACUUGUACCUUGACUUUGUGAGCGUCCAAGUGGGGUUGGAGGAUAGUUUCUUCCUCGGUCCAAAUGUCACCGAUGAUCUUCCCACGUAUGGGCUCCUUGGAGAUAAAGAAGUCAUAACCACGAGCUCACCUGCCCUUCCCGCCGCCCUCUUACUGAAGGAGGCUGAUGACAUCGCUUUGGGGUUGAGCAGAUUUUCUAUCUUCCCUCCGGACACAUUGAAAUACACAGGUUUCUUGGAAAGCUCUGGUACCUGGACUGUGGCGCAAUCUGAUCUAGUUCCGUUCAGGAAGAAUUCCACCGCAAAGCAGAUUCCAACCCACGAGCUACAAGUGCAAUGUCAAGCCCCUACUGAACAAAAAGUGGAAGAAAGUCGAGCGAUUUACGGUCCAGGAGGAGAGGUUCUUACUAACAAGACGAUGACUUCCAUGCCGGAUUGUGCCUUCGAAGCUGCAGUGACGGAUGUGUCCCUUGAAGAGAAGACGAAAAGCCAAGAGUGGGCCGUGUUGGAUUGGACAAUCUUCAUUGCCGGUGUUGAAUCCGCUACCACAGAUUUGUCCGUCUCUCCGCUUGGCGUCCAAUCUCCUGACGGCACCUGGCAAAAUUGGAUUGAGUUCUCGAGGAACGAGACACUCUCGCCUUUGUCACGUGGUGUUGACUGGAAGUAUGGAAAACGCAUUCGCGACGGGUUUACUGUAGGCUUUGGCUUGAAUGCAACCGGGAGUCUGAUUCCCCAAGGUAUCGAGCUUCAGGUGGAAUAUUCAGUCCUCACGGGGCCAGACCGCUUUGAAGAGGCAGGCAGUAACGACUAUUACUCAAUUUCCUCGUGGUCACGUCAGUGCCCCUACAUCGACUCUCAUAACACGUUGAAGGUCGCCGACUUCCUUUCUGUGAGUCAGGAGAACGUUGAAGCCCACGUCAAUGCAAGCGCUGCGUCUGGUUGCCUCAUAGACGUUGGUCUGAGAUGUGUUGACUUCGCGGAGUAUCAAGGAGACGAGUUGCCGUGGUGCAAUCUUCAGUCUGUAUCCGCUACAUUGUUGUCUGGCCUAGAAGUUGAGCCGCUCAUGCUAGCGGCCUACGGUGGCAUUGCAUCUCGCAACGACGCCUUGCAUCCGCGAACUCGCCUGAACCAUGUCAAUUUGGCUCUGAACAGCAUCGCAGCAGCCUUUGUGCUGACAAGAGAGAUUGUACCAGGCAAAGUCUCCGUGGAAGAUGUUCGCGCCAGCAUCAACGCUGCUUUCCUCUGCUUGCUGCUUCUUCCGGUGAUCUUCACUCUUCCGAUCCUUCUCUGCUCAAGAAACUGGAAAUGGUCAGAACGACCACCACCCGUGCCCCGCUCCGCUUGGGAUCUCUUAGUGUUGGGUCGAUCCGAAGAAGAGUGCGUUCCGGUCAAUCCAGUGCACGUUGACGGAAGUUACCCUGAGCGUCCAAGAAAGGAGCUGUAUUUCGGAAUCCAGGCCACCGCCGUUGAUGAUGAACUGGAAGGAACCGUCGAGCUGAAAGUGGGACUGGGCGAAAGCCCCAUUCCUUUGGCCAGCCCUGGUCCAACUCACCACUUCCCCUCCGAAAACAAAACUGUGAAGCAUCAUAACAAGGAAGCCACAGAUUGGAACCGUGGUGACAUCGAGCAGCCAUUAGGGGAGUCCAGAGAGCGUUCUUCCGUUAAGAAAGAUCCCUCAGGACGUCUCUACGGGAAACCAUGAAUGUCGACUUUGUAGCUCCAACACGGCUAUGGAUAGCUGGCUACUAGCGGGCUACAUAUAGAACUGUUAAGGAUUAAUCUUUGCAACCACAACUCCUGACUUUCCUAGAAAGAUGAAUACAACAAUCCAGCAAUCAGAUGAAUCCUCUGCUCCUGAGCACAUAUUCAUGAACAGAAACCUUCCAUCCACCCGUCC